AUGAAAUCUUCAAAGUCGAUUUCAAGCAACAAAACUACUACCUCAAGUACUUCCUUUAUUCUUAAUACUAUACCGAUUUCAAGGUAAUAUCAUUUAUAAUCCAUAAAGAAAACACAACAAUUAGCCAAGUAUUCAACCUUUAUAAAAGUCAACAUCAAUAAUGAAAAAACCAUACAUUAUGAUUUCUCCUAAAUUAAUUUAGGAAUUUGAUGAGAACAACACACAAAGAACUAAACUACUUUUUGAAAAUCGACUUUCCUUAUUGUAGACUAAUGUACAAUCUAAAUCGGAAUCUCAAAUUCCAAAUACUGAAGGCUAGACACUAACAUCCAGAGUUAGAAAGCGAACUGCCCCUAUUAGGUAUAAGUUAUUUAUAAAAUUAGAUUGUCAAUGCGUUUGCCUACACAACUUUGA